UCUCUUUCUCCUCGACGAUCCUUCCAUUAUAUUCCUCGUCACUCUCGACAAACCUGCCUCUCUUAUCGACGCGAAUAUAUCGUGGUCCAAGUGGUGAAAUCGCGUAAGAAAAACGACCGCGUGAAAGAAACGUAAUGAGAAUCGUCGACGUCGCGGUCGUGGUCGUCGUUGUGGCGAAUAAUAAUUGUGACGCUCGGUCGUUGUGAGGAGGUCCCGUCGACGACGCGUGAGGAUCCAUCCAUCGGUGACCAUCCAUCCAAGUCGGUCGUACGUUCGUAUUUAUUUUGGUGGUUACUCCCUAUUGUUGAUAUUUACUUUGUGCGAGGAACGUAGCAGCAGUAGCAGUAGCAGCAGCAGCGGCGGCGGCGGUUGGGAAGGGAACGGUGGAAGAAAGAAGGCAGGCUGCCGGGCAGCAGUCGGGAGGAUCACAGGGCGAAGAGGUGGGAGCCAUGCCGCCCGGGCGAGCUUCCCUCGAGGUAGCCAGGAUCGUCCGGCAUCCCUGUUCUUCCACGGUACUUCCAUUGCGUUUUCAUCGCCUCUUUUGAGGUGAGGAACUGUGGAUUGGUGGUGUAGGACCUCGGCCCCAGGAGUGGCCCGGGGGUUACCCUGGGGACCUCGGGGAAUCGUUGGCGCGAGGACGAGGCAGCUAAGAACGACGAAGGACACGGGAGGCGGAGGAGGAGGCCGCUAUGAACGCCAGCGUCAACAUCGAGAGGAACUCCUGGCGGCUGCCUCCCGACGAGACCGUCCAGGUCGCCGAUCCCCGUUCAAAAUCAGCCCAGGAUCUAACGUACGCGGAGGGUGGCCACAACUGGCGAAGCAUAAUCUUCUCGCUUUUGGUCAUCGGAUUCGUUAUCGCCGGGAUCGUCACGGCCAUUUACCUCCUCGGGUACGUGGACGAGCUGUUGUACUGGAGCGGCAGACGGCUCACGUUAGACGAGUGCCUUCGUGAUGAUCUGACGCCGCACAGGUUAACACCGACCUGGAUAACCCACGACAAGUUUGUCUACCAGGCCGACGACGGUUCCCUCACACUCCUGGACACAAGCAACAAUUCCGUGUCCCUUCUUGUCUCUAAUCACACGCUCAGACAGCUGAACGUCCAAGGCUACCAGUGCAGCGCCGAUCUGCGUUACGUGUUGUUUAAGCACAAUGUCAAACCGGUGUACAGGAAUACCUUCACCGCUUACUACACAGUCUACGACGUCACGAACGACCACCACACGCCUCUCCGUCUGCACACAUCGCGGGGGAUGCAGCAAACGCGGCUGCAACACGCCGCCUGGUUGGGCAACACGUCCGGCAUCCUGAUGAUAUCCGAGAACGACAUCUACGUGAGGAUAGCGCCCUCGGCGGCAGAGGACGCGAGGAUAACCGACACAGGUUUACCCGGGGUGAUUUACAACGGGGUGCCGGACUGGUUGUAUCAGGAGGAGGUGUUGCCGCGGCCGGAAGCAGCCUGGCCUAGCUCCGACGGGACGCACCUCCUCUUCGCCUCGUUCAACGACACCAAGGUCACUGCCCUGGAAUUCCCUUGGUUCAGCACGCAGCCGGGUCAGGAUGGGCCGAGCUCCAGCCCCCUGUUCACGCCUAGGAGAGGCUCCUUCCCGCCCUCGAGGUCCGUCAGAUACCCCACUCCCGGCUCGCCAAAUCCAGAGGUCGAAUUGUGGAUCAUGGAGCUCGGCAACUUGACCAACUCGAUCAACGGAACAGCGAACUCGACCAUCCUCUCCAGGAUAAGGUUGAAACCGCCAACCGCUUUGGACGGACAGGAAUAUUAUCUGAUAUCCGCGGGUUGGGUGGGCGACGACUCGACCCAGGUGGCNNUCGUCUGGAUGACCAGGUCGCAGAAUCUCUCGUUGGUGACCGCUUGUCGAGCACCAAUGUGGGAGUGCGAGGAGACUCAUUCCGAGAGGGCGCCUGAAGGGCAGUGGUUAGACGCGCAGCCUCAUCCUCUGUUCGCCCCGGACGGGGACAGCUUUCUACUGCUGGCCGCCGUUCAAGAGGGCGACAAGGAACACUUCACCCACAUCAAGCACGUGACGUUGACCCAACAGAGGAUAGCAGUGUUGUCUCACGGCCGUUACGAGGUGAGUGAAAUCUUAGCGUGGGACACCAAGGCCCAUUUGGUGUAUUAUUUGGGCACGAGGGAAAGGAGGCCCGGUCAGAGACAUCUUUACAUAGUUCGCGAUCCCACCGCUGACGAUCCUCGACACCUCGAGCCCUUGUGCGUCACGUGCGACCUUGGCGAAGUGCUGUGGAGCAGUAGAUUUUAUUACACCAAUUGCACCCACUUUGGCGCGUCCGUAAGCCCCCCGAUGGAGAACGAAUCAUCCGGCUACUACGUCCUCUACUGCGAAGGUCCGGGCCUCCCUCUGGCCGCUGUACACCUGAUCACCACCCACAAGAUGAUCCGCGUGUUGUACGACACGAGGAUCCAAAGAGGGGACAAGCUUUCGCAACUGGCGCUGCCAACUCGAAGAAGCUUCGAGGUGUCUCUACCCCAAGGAUGGAAGGCUCAGGUGCAACUGUUAUUGCCACCUUCGUGGCGAGAGGAGCUGAGAGACGCCGCGUUCCCCGUCCUGGUGGAAGUGAACGGUCGGCCAGGUAGCGAGGCGGUGACCGACCGGUUCAAGAUCGAUUGGGGGACGUACAUGUCGAGCCACAACGACGUGGUCUACGUAAGGCUGGACGUGCGCGGAGCAAGAGGCCAAGGGAAACGCGAUCUGUUCAGAAGAAUCGGCGGUGUCGAAGUUCAGGAUCAGUUGACCGUGUUGAAGCAUCUUCUCAAGACUCUCAAGUACCUGGACGUGACCAGGGUGGGUGUGUGGGGUUGGGGAUACGGCGGCUACGUGACCGCCAUGGUGUUGGGUAGCCAGGAGAACGUGUUCAAGUGUGGCGUCGCUGUGAAUCCUAUCGCCGAUUGGCUCUACUACAAUUCCGCGUUCACGGAGCGAGUCCUUGGCGCUCCCGCAGAGAACUACAAAGGUUACGUGGAGGCUGACCUGACCCAACGCGCCAGGUUGGUGCCCAGUCACAGUCUCUACCUUCUUCACGGUCUAGCCGACCUCACAGCGCCUUAUACGCACGGUGUCGCCUUCGCUAAGGCUCUGACCGAAGCGGGUAUCAUCUUCAGGUACCAGAGUUACGCGGACGAAGACCACGCCUUGGCAGGCGUGUUGGAACACGCUUAUCGUUCCAUAGAGGACUUCCUCGCAGAGUGCCUCGCCCUGGACGCGUCCUAGUGCCUCAAGCCGAACGCUCCCUCGUUGUCUCUAGCUCGCCUACUUCUGAUACAUCCCAGACGGAUGUGGAUGCUCGUCAAGAAGGCUCUCGUCGUUCAGGAUUAGACUGUAGCUCGAAUAUAUAGAAGAAGAAGAAGAAGAAGAGAAAAGUAAUAAUAAUAAUAAUAAUAACCGGACGUAACCCGAGACCCGGUCCUGGAAAGCGUGAACGAACCGAUUAAAAAGGGGGGGGAAAAUAAUGCUAGUCCCUGAGUCAGAGCCAGGGGAUGAGGCGUGAACUUAGCGUUUGUAUAAUAAGUAAACGUAAACCGUUUAAUAAGUAA